AUGGCAGAUUUUGAGAAUUCUCAAGAAAUUCCUAAAGUCAUUACAUUCCUCUCUUCCCUUCUUCAAAGAGUAGCUGAAACCAAUGACGUCUUCCGAUGUCUCGACUCGCAGAAAAUCUCUAUCUUCCAUGGCUUGACAAGGCCUACCAUUUCUCUCAACAGCUACUUGCAGAGGAUCUUCAAGUAUGCAAACUGCAGCCCUUCUUGCUAUAUCACUGCAUACAUUUAUCUAGAGCGGUUUACGCAGAAACAGCCAUUGUUGCCUAUCAAUUCUUUCAAUGUUCAUCGCCUGCUUAUUACAAGCGUUUUGGUUUCUGCAAAGUUUAUGGAUGAUGUUAAACUUAUAAAUGAAUAUAAGACAAAUAAUAAAUAUAAAGCAUCAAUUGAAACAGCAUUUACUGCAGUAAUGCUGACUCUAAUGACAAUGAUAGACUGCGGUUCAGAUGAUUAUGAAAAGAAGUGCACAGUGAUACGGUUGAUGCACGCUAAUAGCCAUCAAACAAGACUGAAAUAA